AUAAGAAGAAUGUGGAAUCCCGCACAGAUCACGUCUUGGAAAUCGGUGGCAGGUGCCUGAAGAUAGUCAUCCAGCCGGGAGAAGGGGACCUGAGCAAGAGCCAGGUGACAGAGCAGGCCUUCCCCAGUGACUCCGUCCCUCCCAGCUCUUCCCCACCUCAGCAGGAGCAGUGGGCUGCCAAAGACCAUGGAGAAAGAGCAAGAGAAGUCAUUACCAAAAAGAUAUUUCUUACAGUAUCUGCAACUUUGAAUACCAGUAUGUUCACUGAACAGCAAAGGCAGAAAAUUACCAUUAUGUGUCCAAAUUUAAAAAGAGAAGGAAAUCCUGAUAUUGAUGGGUCUGAGAAACUGACUGGAGAUUUUACAGAUAUCGAAAAAGCUUAUUGCUACUUUAAGGAUAUCCUUGCAGGCAGUGACCCAAACCAUGAUUUGUCACGUUCUGAAAGUAAGAAGGUUUUGGAAGAUGAAAAUGAUGUGACUACUGAAGAAAUAAACGAGCUUACAGUUCCGUCAGCUCUCUAUGAAUAUUUCAGUCAUACCCGCCAAGAACAAAUCAAAGAACUACGUGAGCGUUUUGGAGUGUGUAUAAGAAGUAAAGAUGACAGUGGAACCACAUCAGUACGCUUCACUGCUCUUAAAAGUCCUGCAUCAAUACAAGAAGCUAAUGAUUUUUUUAUCAGAACUUUUCAGAAAUGUGUAGAAGAUCUGAAACAGGAAAAAAUUCCCCUAACAAACAAUUACACAUUAAAUGAGACAAUAAUGAAAUUAAAUGCUAGGUUUAGUAACCUUCUUGCCAAAGUGGAAGACAACCAGUUGCUACUCCGUGGUCCAGCAAGUGAGAUUUUAGCUGCCAGAAGAUUUCUAGCAGAGGAAGGUGAGAACAGCCAAGCUGAAAAGAAUGUGAAAAUAUCAUCUGAACUGUAUGAAUACAGGAAUGGAAUUGAAAUUGAUGCUUCUGUGUUUAAAUUGUUGGAAACAGCAUUAAGCAAAGAAAUUGAAGACAUCAAAGAUAAAUUUGAUACGGUAGUAGAAAAGGAAGACAGUUCAUAUGGCCAGAAGAAGUUGAUAGUAUUUAGGCCUAGGAUCAAAACUUAUGAUAUGUCUUCACAUGCUACUGAAAGUUUCAUCAAUGCAUUUCAGAAUGCCUCUGCAAUGUUAAGAGAAAAAAUGUUUAACACUGAAGACUCAACACAAACUAAAAAUAGCAGAGCACUGUCCUCUCUCAGUUAUCAAGAAGCUACAGGAGCAUCUGAGAAGAAGUACAAUGGCAGGCAAAAGAAUAAUCUUUCUUCUGAAGGACAGUCUAAGGCAAAGGCAGAAGAAGAAGAAGACAAAGAUGUGUGUCCAAUUUGCAUGGAGACAAUUAACGAAAAAGAAACGCUGAGCAAGUGCAAUCACACAUUUUGCAAAAGUUGCAUCACCCAGGCCAUGAGUUACAAGCAGAUUUGUCCUGUUUGUAAUACUAUCUAUGGACCCAUGAAAGGAGACCAGCCAGAGGGAACCAUGUUAACCAGAACAGUGUCUUCAUCUCUCCCUGGUUACCCCGAUUGUGGUACUAUUGAGAUUACAUAUAAUAUGAACGGUGGUAUUCAAACUAACAACCAUCCAAACCCAGGGAAACGUUAUUGGCCUACUUCCCGAACAGCAUAUUUACCUGACAGUAAGGAAGGGCGAGAAAUUCUGCAGCUCCUCAGAAGAGCCUUUAAACAAAAAUUGAUUUUCACAGUGGGGCGCUCAAAUACUACUGGUGCAGAAGAUGUUAUCACAUGGAAUGAUAUUCACCACAAAACUUCCAAGGUUGGAGGACCUACUGGUUUUGGUUACCCUGAUCCUGAAUAUCUGCAGCGGGUUCGAUCAGAAUUGAAAGCAAAAGGAAUUGAAUAA